AUGACUACGAGUGCAAAGUACAUGAAAAUGAAGAAGCGACUGCGACAAAGUGCUCCAUCGCCCGAGCAGACGAGAAACAGGAAGGCCAGAAGUUCUGGUACCACGUCACUUGCACUGGCCCCGACGAGUACACUCCACCUGACCCCUCCAAGUAGAAUUGGAGGCGAUCGAAUCGGAGAAGCGAAUCAAACCGACAAGCGACAACAAGAUGACGCGCAACUAAAAAUCGCAACGCAAAUAAACAUGUGUCAUUUUUCAGAGAUGCUCGCGCGUUCCGUUGGGGUGGUCAUGCCAUUCAUCGUGCUUGUAGCGAAAGCCUCUGGUGAACCAAAAUGAUUCUUUUCUGCUGACGAAAAAAACAUGUUGUGCUUCUCGAACUUCUACUCCUUCGGGGUGAAAGUCAUUCUCUUCCUCCAGUUCCUCUUCUUCGUCAUCACGGCGGGUUAUCCAGUGUAAAUAUGUCACGAUCAUACAACACGAAAGCAGGAUGAAGGUGUGCAUGAUGUCGAUGUGUGGAUUUUUUGAGAGCCACAGUCGUCAGCAUCUAUAAUUAGCAGAGGAUCGAUGAAGAUGAACAAGAGCUGCAUAGUACAGGAAAUAUGCAUGCCAGAUCUGCAGUAGGUACUACUGUCGUAGUAUGACCAUGACAAAUUUGCAUUGCAUACCUGGUUGGACCCGGAGCAGAAGUCGUCCUCGUCCGAAAUUCCGUUUUAUCAAGGCGAAAAACACGUUCAAGAACUCACCACCAGUUACUCAAACAAGAAUAAGAUAAAGGGCGCUCAAGUUCUUUGAUUGAUUCUUUCGCGUCGUCGUUGUGCAGUGCUUUGAUGUGUUUCGGCGCAUCGAGAAAUUCCCUGUAGUCAGAACGGGGAGGACAGCCACAAACUCGGACUCUAUUAUGCUGCUGCACAACUCUCUCUUUUCUAUGCUUUCAACAUUUGAUGUCAGACGAAACGCCCGGAGUACGCCAUACUUCCUGGCAAGGAUUUGCAUGACCGCGACAAGUUGUGGCUACUACUCCAACUGAGAUAUCAAUAGGGUUACAGUACAUGCAGCAUGGCUUCUAUGAAAUAUGACUUCAUGAUACAAAAAAAAUGGCUUCUAUAUUCUUGUCAUUCUUACUCCGAAAGCGGGGGUCCUAGGGUCCGGGUUGCCGAACCCGUGCAGAAUUUGCGGGGAACUUGGCUGCGGAUUUUUCUCGUCUAGAAUAUUAAAGCCCGCCCGCGGCCUUUUGCAAAUGAUCACAAUCAUGCAGCGCGCCGCGAUAGGGAGGCGGGCUUUCGCAUGGAGACUCCCGCCGACGCCUGCGAUUGCUAGGCAAAGAUGAUACCACAGCCUCGCAAAGAUGAUACCACAGCACCAUCGUGUAACGUGCGUUACACGGUGGCCCGCUGUUAUUUGCUUCUCUUGGCGUUGCCCGGCCUUUCCAAGGUAGAAAGGCCUGCUUUUGGCGUGUCCAUGGCACCGUCGUGAGUAAGGUUAGCCACGAUGGAGAUGCGCUUGCUUGUUUUCGCAGCUUCGGGCGCAGGGCCAUACGCCCGGGACAGGCGGCCGGAGAGAGUGGCUGACGACUCCACAUGCAUGCCGGAGCCCCACCAGGAUAGGGUAGCUUCCAGCUGCGCGGCCCGGUUUCUUUCGGGGCUUGUGCAUGGGUUGCCACGGUUGUAGCCUGGGGCCCUAAUAUCCAAGAGAACCGGCCACGGCUCUCAAGCUCCGGAACUUGGCUCAGAACUUGUUCCAGAACUUUUUCCAGAACAUGUCCCAGAACUUGUCUCGGAAAGAUCGAGGACGCAGCUUGAUCUUUCCUCAAGGUGAGACGCCCGCCAGCUAGACCCGAGUGAGAGGGGCAAGGCGCCGCUGGCUCGCCUGCCAGGCUGCGGCUACUUUCUUGGUUAGCGAGCAGCGCCCCUCCUCGCCUUCGUGCCCUAUUAAUAGCGGAGGCGCGCCAUUCUGCCUGCCCUUGCUUCAAGCAGCUUCUGUUUUGUUUGUCAUGUUGACGCCCCCCGCGGAGAGGACUUCUUUUUCUUGUAGUUUGGGUUAGCUCUGUCCAUUUGGUAUGCCGCUACUGGCCUGCCGAUCGGUGCGUGGGUGCUCUUUUUCUUUCAGAGCUGUGGUCGGGCCUUUACUUGGUCCCCCGCAACUUCUUUGGGGAUUCGACGCGAGGAGGCUUCCUCCGGAGCUUUCUCCGGAACUUGCUCAGAACUUGGUAAGGACUUGCCCAAAACUUGUCUCGGAAGUUGCCCAGACUUUUUUUUUUUGGCGUUUUUGGCGCGUUUUCUUUUCUCGUUUCACGGUGGGGCAGCCAAUUUUCCGCUUUCUCUUUUGUGGCUCACGAAAAAAGUUUGGGCAAGUUCCAAACAAGUUCUGGGACAAGUUCUCAGACAAGGGCUCAGACAAAGUCUCAGGCAUGUUCCGGGAAGGUUCCGAAAUGAGUCCCGGGGCAAGUUUCCGAGCAAUGAGCCUCCAGGGGAGGUAGGUUGGCCCGGAACAAGGCCCGGGGCAGGCUCCUGCGCAGGCGUCCCGCGAGCAAGGUGCCCCUCGGGGGGUAUUUGUGGAAAUAGCUAGCCCCGCCGAGGGGGCCACGAGGGUGGUCCGGGCCCUGUCUUUGUCGGCGAGGGUGCUUCGCAUCGUCGAACCGAAGUGCCGGCCUUCGGCACCGCCAGCCGCCGACGUGCGUUUUGAUGGGAGCGUCGCUGUGGUUUGAUCCGGUUCGGGGGCCUCGCAACCCUAAAGCGGCCAGAGGGCCACCCCGGGGGUUUUUGGGUUUCUGAAGGAGGGCAGGCUGCGGGGUGUCACGGCAUCGGUGGUCGCCUGGGUGUUGGCUCGGCGCAGCCUGCCAAGCCUGCCCCCCUCUCGGCGCCCGGCGUGGAUGGGCCGGCCCCCGUCGUCGGGCCGGCGGUCCCGCCGAGGAUUAUUUUGUUGUCAUCGCACGCGCCCCCGAAACGCUUUGUUUUAUCGCAUUCCAGCAAACGAAGCCGCGUGCCAUCGUGUAACGCGCGUUACACGAUGGCGCUCUCCCUUCAUCGUGUCUCCUGCUGCGCUGGUGUGGCAUGUUCCCGGCCGUAGACGCGCUGUCUCGCCACAGGGCGACACUCGCUCUCGCGCUCCCCCUCCGGUGCAACACCUCAAAGAAAGGCCUCCCUUCUUGUCGUGCCCACAGCCGCGAGCACGGACGGGCGCUCGGCUGUGGGGAAGCAUGCUGCAUCGUGCUCAUCUUCGGUUGAUGUGCAAGCGUGUUGACGUAGCGCUUGGCCGUCGCUUAGGUGGUUCGUCUUGGUGGGUUGCUGUCUCGCACCAACGUGCAGCCGGCAUCCACUUGAGCAGUAUAGACCGGCGGGAGGUUGGGCCCUCGUUGCCUGGAACCCCGGUGCCCUCUUGUGUUGCCCCAACCGGAAACCGGCCCGACAAGUUCUGCGCAAGUUCUGGGCAAGUUCGGCACCCCAUACAUCUAGACCCAUGCUUUCGGAGUAAUGUCAUUCUCAUUUUUAUUAUUUUUUUCCUUCCAGAGGCAACGGCUUUUUGUGUUUCUUUUUCGCCUGUUAGUUCUGCCACUGUGCCUGUUGCUGGUGCUCCUAUCCCUCAAAUCAAUGACACGAAAACCGAGGGAGUUGUAAUACACCAUAUCACACGAGCCGUGGGAAUGGGGGUGCGGACCGUGGCCUAGUUCUUGCCAACGGGACGUUCUCGAGGAAGAUCAAGAUCCACAUGGGUCCACAAUCGUGUGCGGCUACGCGUGAGUGGAUUAGCAUUCGCUUUGGUGAGAAGUUAAGCGACAGAAUAAUAUGAAUGACGUAAAACUAAUUGUCAGAAUACAAUUAAAACUGGAAUACGGGCUAUCAAACUGUCGCUCGGAGGUGCUCGUGCGUUGAUUGUGGUAGUCAUGCCAGUCGUUUCUAUAGAUUUAUUUUUUCUAGUUUCUCUUUUUGUAGCUUACUUUGCUAAGCCUUUUAUGUUGUAUUUCUCCUGUAGCGAAACCGAAAGCCUCUGGUGAACCAAAAUGAUUCUUUUCUCAGUUUGUUGAUUUCUUUUUUUGGUGGAUGCUGUUGAAAACAACCAGCAAAUAGACACAAGUACUUCAUCUUCAUUUCCAAUUGGUGGUGCUGCUCCUUCUGCGAGUAGCAUGGAUGUUUGUCCGUCUUUUGGAGGACGAGCUUGUGGGUCGACGAGCAGUAGUGCCGCCGGAGGACGACCAGCAGGAGGGCCUGCUCCCAGUAGUAGUGCAUCAAGCUCAACAGGUUCCUGUCCGCAGCAGGCGCCAGAGCUGCUGCCAAGUUGCGCCGGCCCCGAUAUUACAACUGCGCAAUUCACUACGACAAGCAUGAAAACCACGACGACGAAGAAGAAGUUUGUUCCGCGGUCCAAAAACAAGCACUUCCGGGAGGAGCAAGAGCGGCAAUUGAAAGAAGAACAGGAGAAGCAGGCACGGGAACAAGAGCUACAGCGUUUGAAGGAUCUAGAGGGAGAGGAGAAAAAACGGCAGGAGCGGAAACAAAAGCGAAGGGAAUUGAAACGACAGCGAAGGGAAGAUGAGAAACGGGAAAUGAAGGAGCGGUUACUAGCGGAGCAGCAGCAGCGGGAACUUCAGGAAGCGUUGUUGCGAGAUGCGGAAGAGCAGCAGCGGCAGAGGGAGGAACAGGAACGACGUGAGGCGGAGGAGAAGCAGCAGCAGCUUCUACUGCAGAAACAAAAAUGUGAAAUGAAUCAAACCAGCAAGUCCGAAAAAAGUAAAAAAGAGCUGAAGAAGAAAAUAAAAGAGAAACAACGACAAGAUGAAGAACAACUCCGUCGUACAGGUCCGACCUACGUUGAACUGGUGGAGAUUCUCGAUCCAGCCUCUUACGAGAAGGCCGAGGUGGGGAACGAACAAAUCGUCGGCAAGACGAACAAUUACAGCAAGGACACGCGGCGACAAACCCGGGCAGUGGUGUACUGGGGCAGGAGCAGAUGAGCCAGCACGAACUAACAGAGCACGAACACCAGCGGCAGACAGAACCCCACGAAAAUAGCCUCAACUUCACUCCGAAAAAUCAUUCUCCAAUACGCCCAAGAGAUGAACCUCCUCCCCGACGGCGCAACAAAGACGUAAAAAGCGACCCAAAGCGUCCGAUCUCUCCGCCGGGAAACUGCAACAACCAAGCAAAAAACCUAAAAUUACAGGGUCUCGAUCCCCCGCCAUUUUUCCCAUCCGACUCCAAACCGAUUAACAGGCGGAAAUUCACGCUCCCCUAUGACUACGAUUCGCGAAAACCGAGGGUUUUUCUUGAAAGACACAUAGUUCCGUUUCACAUGCCGGUGCAUUGGAAUGAGGAUUUAGAGGAUUACUACGAGACCUUCACCGGGAAACCGGUCGUUCCUUGUUACGAGAAAUUUUGCGACGCAGCGGCGAAUCUGGGGAUAAAGGUGAAUCAGUUGUUGAAGCACCGUAUGCAUUGCAAAAGUAUCGUACUAGUAUAAAUCGCAUGACAAAUUUUUUCAAGAAGAAAGUUGGAACUUGUAAUGCAGAUUCAGGUAGGAAACUAACCAGAUUUGUCAUGCAUGCCUGCAAUUGGUUCAUACGAGUGCGAUGCUUUUGCAGUGGAUACACCGCGCGAAGGAAGUCGGGAGAUGUUGCAAACUGUUCAACCUGUUAGACGAAAGAGCAGGUACUUGGUUGCGCAAGAUUCAUCACCAGAUUUUUUCAGGUCAGCCACGAGCUCGUGAGGGAUGAUAAAAAUUGGAGGAUUGAUGUCAUGCAACACUGCUGGACGAUAAUGAAAUUUUUAUUUUUCCUGCUACGAAAAAUGACCCCUUUGCCUUUCAACUACAGAUACUCCGACAGAGGACUGUUGUGGACAAGGAGUUGUGAGUCGCUUGUAGCGAAAGCCUCUGGUGAACCAAAAUGAUUCUUUUCUGCUGACGAAAAAAACAUGUUGUGCUUCUCGAACUUCUACUCCUUCGGGGUGAAAGUCAUGGAACAAGCUACGUUCGAGGGGGGAACAAGCUAAGUUCCUUCUUUCUGUAACGGAACAAGCUACGUUCGAGGGGGGCUGGAGAUGUAAAGGGGAUUGCUGGUUACCCUUAAAUAGGUAAGCUCCGUCGCGACUCCAGCUUAUGACCCCCGUCCCCCCUCCCACCCUUUGCUUCUGUUGCAGAAUAAGUCAAGGAGUUGCACUCUGACCGCCACGCACAAACUAAACCUUUAAGUUGUCGCUGUGCCCCAGGUGGGUUGCCAGUCAGCAGUGACAAACAACUGGCCAAUGGUUUGACAUCUCCGGUCCGCGGCACUUGCCUUUUUCGUCCGUGCCGCAGGUAAGGCACAAAUGGUCCAGCCUCCCCUGUCCGGGUGGGGUUGCGGCUUAAGGGAGAGCCUCGCCCCUUAGCCCAAAGGGGUACGUCGUCUCUUCCGUGAGAACAAAAAUGUAUGGCGUAAAAUGGGUCGGGUCCUGGAUCGUUCUGUAUGUUGGGCUGU